AUGGCUUCCAAGAAGGAACAAGUGCACAUCGCCGAGGAGCAGGCGCCGGAGUUCGAGACCGUCCGGUGGAGCAAGGAUCCCGGUCUGCGGAAGCUCUACUUCUAUGCUGCCGUGCUUAUGGUUGCUUCCGCGACCACUGGUUAUGAUGGAUCCCUCUUGAACACCUCCCAGAUGAUGACGGCCUGGAAGGACUACUUCGACCAUGUUGAGAAGGACCCCAACAGACUUGGUCUUAUGACCAACAUGUUCAACAUUGGUUCCAUCGUCAGUUUCUUCAUUACUCCCUUCAUCGCCGAUCGCUGGGGCCGUAAGGUUCCUAUUGCUGCGGGAUGUCUCAUCAUGAUUCUCGGUGGUUUCCUCACUGCCUUCGCCAACGGCUAUGCCAUGUACUGCGGUGGUCGUUUCACCCUCGGUUUUGGCAACAGUCUGGCACAGAUGUGCUCGCCCAUGCUUCUGACUGAGAUCUGCCACCCUCAACACCGUGGUCCAGUUACUACUAUCUACAACUGUCUUUGGAACUUGGGAAACCUUAUCUGCACGUUCAUCGGUUGGGGCACCUCGUAUGUUGCCAGCGACUGGUCGUGGAGAUCUAUUACUCUUAUCCAGAUUGUCCCUUCCCUGAUCCAGAUCAUCUUCAUCUUCUGGAUCCCCGAGUCCCCCAGAUGGCUGCUCUCCAAGGACCGCAACGAGGAGGCUCUGGCCAUCCUUGCCAAGUACCACGCCAACGGAAACACCCAGAACGCGACCGUCCAGUUCGAGUACCGCGAGAUCGGCGAGACCAUCCGCAUGGAGGCCGAGGCCGGAAACAAGAGCAGCUACCUCGACUUCUUCAAGACCAAGGGCAACCGCUGGCGUCUUGCCAUCAUUAUCUCCAUCGGUGUUAUCUCCCAGUACUCUGGUAACGCUGUCAUUUCCAACUACAUGAACGCUGUGUACGAUGGCGCCGGUAUCACCGACCAGAACCAGAAGCUCGGUAUCUCCAGCGGAAAGACCGUUCUGGAUCUUGGAUGCGCUAUCGGCGCUGCCCUUACUGUCGACAGGUUUGGUCGUCGCCCGCUCUUCCUGACUGCCAUCACUGGCAUGACCAUCUCCUUUGCCCUCUGGACCGUCAUGGCCGCCAUGUACGACCGCGAUUCCAACAAGCCCGGAUUUGGCUAUGCCCAGAUCGUCUUCGUCUGGAUCUUCGGUAUCUUCUACGAUAUCGGUUUCUCUGGUCUGCUCGUCGGUUAUACUCUCGAGGUCCUGCCCUUCCACCUCCGUGCCAAGGGUAUGAUGAUUAUGAACAUCACCGUCCAGGCUAUCCUUGCUCUCAGCGCUCAAACCAACCUCCUCGCCUGGGAGAACCUGCCCAGCCACUGGAACCUGUGCCUGUUCUACACUCUCUGGGACUUUGUCGAGCUCAUCUUCGUCUACUUCGUCUACGUCGAGACCAACGGCCCCACCCUCGAAGAGAUCGCCAAGAUCUUCGAUGGUGAGCAGGCCGUCGCUCAGAUCAACCUGGAGCAGGUCGAGAAGGAGCUUGCCCUCCACGAGAACCGAGAGACUACCUACCCGGCUGAGAAGGUCGCCUAA